AUAAAUUUUUGGUGAUAAGUUGGAUUUAGGCAAAGUGGGGUACGUGUAUCUCGUAAGAUCAUGUAAUCUUAGCCAUUUCCUUUGAAAGUCACCUUCAACGUGUGGAUGUUGUCUUUUAAUUUUCUAUUGCAUUUACUUAAAUAGUAACACUUUGUUUUAAAGUUUAUUAAGUAUAUUAAAACAAUUUAAAUUUUUGAGUUCGUAUAUUUAUUUUAAUUAGUUAAAUGUUUACAAUAAUAUUAGCGGCAAAGCCAGGAGCAGCUAAUGCCUCCUUUAUCGUCGGCUAUUGUAGUGUAACUAUCGGGCACAAAAGAUAUAGAUUGAUGUGCUGUUUUGCUAUUGAGUAUUAACUUAAUCUGUGAGCUAAUUCUCAACAUGCCUUUUAGUAAUUCUCAAUUCAAAAGUCAAACCAGGCAACAGAGGGGCCCGGCCGUGUGUAAUUAAUUAAUAGGAAUAUAUAGAAGAUUUUUGUUUUUUCUCAAAACACUGCUCAGUUUACGACAAGUUGAUGAAUUUACUAUUCCAAAGAUUUCUUACGUAUUUGAACGUAUCAUUGUCAAAGUCGAUCUUUUCCUUCUAACGUCCACUUUUACUAUUUUCACUAUUUUUUCAAAAUCUUAUAAAAUGCAGCAGCUAUAUAGCUCUUAUCUUCUCCUUAUUAUAUAUAUAAAUAGCAUUUUUAAAUUGAUCGUCGUCUAUUUUGUUUCAGAACUAAAGCUAUUAUAUCAUUUAAUGAUCCAUACAAGUGUUUCAUUGAAUAUGGUGGAAUUAGCUGAGGUAAAUUCUAAUGGUGAUAUUAAUAAUAAUGAUGAUGGAAAAUGUUCUUAUUCAAGAACAAGUAGAGAUGAGGCCAUGAAUGCAGCUGCAACCAAGGUGCAGAAAGUUUACAAGAGUUACAGAACAAGAAGAAGCCUUGCAGACUGUGCUGUCGUUGUUGAGGAACUAUGGUGGAAGGCAUUAGAUUUUGCUGCCCUUAGGAGAAGCUCUGUGUCAUUUUUUGACUCAGAUAAGCCAGAAACUGCAAUUUCCAGAUGGUCAAGAGCUAGGACAAGGGCUGCCAAGGUCGGAAAAGGUUUGUGCAAGUAUGAGAAGGCUCAGAAAUUAGCUUUACAACACUGGCUUGAAGCUAUUGAUCCACGUCAUCGUUAUGGACACAAUCUACACAUAUAUUAUAAUGCUUGGUUUGAAAGCAAGAGUUCUCAACCUUUCUUCUAUUGGUUGGACGUUGGAGAUGGGAAAGAAGUCACUCUUGAGAAAUGCCCAAGAACUGUGCUUAAUCUUCAGUGCAUAAAAUAUCUUGGACCAAUAGAGAGACAAGCGUACGAAGUAAUAGUGGAAAGUGGGAAGCUUCUCUACAAGCAAAGUGGAUGCCACGUGGAGACUGAUGAGGGCACCAAGUGGAUCUUUGUGCUGAGCACAUCAAGAAAAUUAUACGUAGCUAAGAAGAUUAAGGGCAUAUUCCAACACUCAAGCUUUCUAGCAGGUGCUGCCACCAUUGCAGCUGGAAGAUUGGUUACCCAUAAUGGCAUUCUUCAGGGUAUAUGGUCCUAUAGUGGUCAUUAUCGCCCAACACAAGAAAAUUUCAUGGAAAUAAUUAGCUAUUUGGAGCAACAUCAUGUGGACUUAACAAAUGUCAAGAAAUGUCCUAUGGAUGAUGACGUUCCACCUAGUAAUAAUAAUAAUAAUAAUUUGACGAAGUCUGAAAGUGGAAAUAGUCUGAGUGUCCCAAAUGGUUUGAAACGUAGCAAUGAGACCAAAAUGGAAUUGAGUAUGGGUUCCUCUUCGUCCAAAUGGUGCACUGGGGCUGGACCACGUAUUAGCUGCGUCAGAGAGUACCCUUCACGCCUCCAAUUUGAUGCCCUUCAACAUCUAACUAUAUCGCCCAGGACCAGGCCCAAUUCAAUUCUUAUCCCAUCUCCUAGGCCCAUCCCAAAUUUCCAUCUCUCAUCUACGCUUCCACAUCUUGGGCUUCCAAGCCCAAAGACUCAAGAGAAGUAA